AUUUUAUCAGAUAUAAAGCUUCAUUGUGAUUGUUCUGUAAUAAAAAGAAAAAAACUGACGGUCUGAACUGUGUCAGAGAAGGGUUCCUCUCUCUCUCUCGUGUUACAUCGUUCUUUGAACAUAUUCUUGUAACCGUCUCUGUUUCAUCUUCUUCUUCUUACAAGACUGGUGGUUUCUUGAAACAUUUGAGAUUCGAUCUAAUGGGGAAGACUAGCGGGACGAGAGACUGGGCUCAGAUCUACGCCAUUUACGGGAUCGAGCAGAAACACACUCUCUUCUUCCUCCUCCUCAACGCCAUAGCUUUCUCUCUUCUCUCCACCGUCUUCUUCCUCUACUUCCACCCCAUCUGCCUCUUCCUCGAGUCUUUCCUCUUCUCCAACUCCGCCGCCGCGGCUAGAUUCUCCGCUGGAUUCUUUGGAGCUGUAACGGCCCUCUCCGCCGUGUGUUUGUUCUUUGCGGCGGCGAACUUCUUCUACUCCGCCGUGCCUCUACGGUACGAGAUGGCGCAGAGGAUGGUAGGAUCGGUGGGAGAUUGGUCGAGCGUGAAGAUGGCGCUUGAUCUUGGCUGCGGUCGAGGGGUCUUGCUGAAUGCGGUGGCGACUCAGCUGAAGAAAACCGGUAGUUCGGGUCGGGUUGUUGGGUUGGACCGAUCCAUGUCCACUACUCUCUCUACUCUCCGCACGGCUCACAUGGAAGGGGUGCAAGAGUACGUGACUUGCCGUGAAGGCGACGUAAGACGACUUCCGUUCGGUGACAACUACUUCGACGUGGUGGUCUCGGCGGUGUUUCUCCACACAGUUGGGAAAGAAUACGGUCAGAAAACGGUGGAGGCGGCGGCAGAGAGGACGAGAGUGCUAGGUGAAGUGGUGAGAGUGUUGAAACCCGGCGGCGUUGGAGUGGUGUGGGACCUUGUACAUGUGCCAGAGUACGUGAGGCGGUUACAGGAGCUGAGGAUGGAGGAGAUUAGGGUUUCGAAGCGAGUCACUGCGUUUAUGGUUAAGAGCCAUAUGGUCUCGUUUAAGAAGCCGAGUCAGCAUUUUGUAGGCUCUGGAGAAGUACGUUUAGAUUGGAGAUGUUGAAUGACGUGGAAUUAUAAGAAUCUAUAGUUUCUUAUUCUGAUUAGCGAAUAUAUGCGGCCAAAAUAUAAGUGAUGUCCAUCGAUUGGUAGUGCAUGAUUGGGUAUAGGUUGAUUUUAUGUUGUGGAGAGCUUUUGAAACACUAAGUUGGUCUUGAAUUUGUGUUUCAAAUCUGUGUUUCAAAAAGAUCCAUUAUGUUUCAAAAUUUUAUUAACCAAGUAUCAAAAGAUGCAUUAAGUUCAAGUUUAGAACGAUUCAUACAAAAAUAUGUACUAAUUAUACUUUGAUUGGAU